CUGGUACAAGAUUACCUACGGACCUAACUUUGGUAAAUGUUGCCCUGGCCUCGAGACUUUUCCAUGCAGCCGUCAACGCAUUACCAUCACCAGAGCGCACCCCGUCUGAUAUCGACUCUCCACGACGCCAGAACAAUGCUUGACCUGAUCCGUCUCUAAGUUUCUUGCGCAUAGUUGUCGCAAAAGUCACUCGUUUAUAAUCGGAAGCAAAGUCCACGAGGCCAAGCAAUAGAACCAAGCUACGGCGACGACACCAGACUUAAGUCCCCGCCAAAUCCCCCCCCCCGGCAUUCGCGUCAUGAAUCACUCCACAACCUCUGGCUCUACAAUACAAACAUCUUCGGUUAAUCGGUCGCAGCACCCACCAAGACCGCACGGCGACAGCAUCACCCUCUCUGCCAACGGCGGCAUGGAGAAGUUCCCGGAUCACAUCGAUUCCCACCUCACCAACGCUUCAAGGACCUCAAGUCCUGGAAAGACAAACGGCUAUGCGCUUCCCGGCGCAUCUAGCGGCGGCGACCGCUGGCAACCUCGGAAAGAGAGCCUCCAGGGUCGUGGGAUAAGAUGGGGGCCGGCAAGCCAGCCAUCGGCAAUACGGUACGGUCACGGCAAACAAAAGAGCUUGGGUGAUGCCAUUCACAACAUACGGACAAGAGGUGGAAGCGUCGGUCAGAACGCUCAUGAGAUCGCCGACGCGCUGCGGGCUCCCGUUUCCCCCAAGCUGAUCGGACUUUGUGUCCUCUGGUAUACCUCAUCCGCUCUGACCAAUACGUCCUCGAAAUCCAUCCUUACGGCCUUCGAUAAACCCGCGACGCUCACCCUCAUCCAGUUUGCUUUCGUGGCGACCUACUGUAUCCUAUUUGCCUGGCUUGCCAAUGUCUUCCCAAGCCUCAAGACUGCGAUACCGGCCCUCAAGCAUGGGAUCCGCUACCCUUCCCGCGACGUCAUCAAGACUACCAUGCCUCUUGCCGCGUUCCAGAUCUUCGGUCACUUGCUGAGCUCGACGGCGACAUCAAAGAUCCCUGUCUCGCUCGUCCACACAAUAAAGGGCCUCUCUCCCUUGUUUACGGUUCUGGCUUACCGGUUGAUCUUCAACAUCCGGUACUCAGUUAACACAUAUCUGUCGUUGGUCCCCUUGACUUUUGGAGUUAUGCUGGCUUGCUCUGGCAAGCACAACAAAUACAGCGGCGAACUGUUGGGCAUUUUUUACGCUCUCCUCGCCACCAUCAUUUUCGUGACGCAGAACAUCUUUUCCAAACGACUCUUCAACGAAGCUGCCAAGGCCGAGGCUGAGGGCCAAUCAGCCAGGUCGCAAAAGCUCGACAAGCUGAACCUGCUCUGCUACUCCUCAGGCAUGGCCUUUAUCUUGACGGUGCCAAUCUGGCUCUGGAGCGAGGGCAUCGGCAUCAUCGGCGAUGUCCUUCAUGAUGGAGCGGUCGACUUGAACAACAAGGUGGGAUCUUUUGAUCACGGCCGUUUGACCAUUGAGUUCAUCUUCAACGGCACCUUCCACUUUGGACAAAACAUACUCGCCUUUGUCCUCUUGUCGCUCGUUUCACCAGUAACUUACUCUGUUGCAAGCCUGAUCAAGCGCGUGUUUGUCAUUGUCAUUGCCAUCAUUUGGUUCCGGAACCCAACGACACCGCUCCAGGGAGUCGGCAUCUUGAUGACCUUCCUUGGCCUCUACCUCUACGACCGAACCCAUGACCGGGACAAGGCGGAUCGCAAGGCCAAGAUGAUGGAGAUCAAGGAGGAGCCUCUUCUGCCCCUGAACACCAAAGACGCCUUCAACGCAAGCCAGAACGCGCCUGUCUACGAGAGCCCCAUGGUCUCCGCGGGCCCGUUUCAGUCGUUUAGCAAUGGGCCCUCGCCUCGGAGGAGCGAAGACUCCAAAAAAUCAGACGGGCCCAGCAAUGGCCGAGCCCGAGGCGCAAGUAACGCUGCCUGGCUCGCACCGGGCACGAAGCAGGAGGACACCUGGCGGGUUGGAGACCGUUAGACGGGCAGGCUUUUGUGCAAAUGGUAUUUUUAGGGUAACGGGUCGCAGGAGUUUCAGUGUGCAAUCAUGAUGAGCGUCAUCCUCGUUUGGCGACUAUGGAUGGAUGAGAACAAUGUACUAUUUGGUUGGUCGCUUCGGGUGAGAUGUUAUUGAGCAUCUGUAAGACAACAGGAAGGUCAUCCUCAACAGGGCACACUACCUAGAUACAGGCAGGCAUUUGGAAUAGAUCCAAAGGGCCGGCACUCAGCUUUAAAGAAUUGUGCGGCGUUCGAUUGAAUCGGGCAGGUAUACGCCGAGCUCCAGGCAAAACGUAAAAUGGGUAUUUAUCCGUCUAGCAGUCAUCUUAUAACAUAAUCAUGAGAAAUAGAAAUGCCGUCCCAUACG